AUGCCUGGAAUUAGGAAGAUCUGGGACUUUGUGGAAUCAAAGGAGAGAUGGGUAAUUGGAAAUGGCUCUUUAGUCUCCUUUUGGUAUGAUCGGUGGCUAUCUCAGAACUCUAUUAUGGAGGCUAUUGAAUUCUCUCCCAUUCAACCUCUUGAAGCCAAGGUAGAUGAUUUUAUUAUUGAUGGGAAGUGGGACCUUCCAACGGUUCAUUCGCUGCAGCUGCAGUCGGUUUUUGCUCUGGUUAAGAAGUUUACUCUUCCUUCUAUUUCUAUUCUCAAUUGUGGCCUUCGCUCCAGAUCUGUGCAGGUUCCAUGGGAUAAUAUGGUUUGGUCUAGAGGAAUUUCUCCUCAAAUUUCAGUUUUUGGAUGGCGAUUGCUUCAUGGUAGAGUUCCUACGGAUGAUAGGAUUAUGGCUUGUGCGGUUCCUCUUGCAUCUAUGUGUUAUUUAUGCAAUGCAAAUUCUGAGUCUAUGCUUCAUUUGUUCUUACACUAUAGUUUUGCUGGGAUGGUGUGGUCAGAAUUCUUGUAUGUUUUUUAUCUUAAGUGGGAUGGUUUUCCGUCAAUCCAAGAAUUAUUUUCAUGGUGGAAAAGGAAAGCAUCUUCUUCUUCGCUUAAGCAAAUCUGGUAUGUUUCAGUGAUGUAUGUUCUAUAUCAAAUUUGGGUUGAAAGAAACCGAAGAAAAUAUGACAACCAUUGUAAGCCUUCAAGUCUUGUGGUGAAAGCAGUGAUUAAUGACUUGGGGAAUUUUUCAGUUGUUGCUCCUGUUCAGAUCAAGUCAGUAAGAGAUCUUCAUCUUUCUGCAUCAAUGCGUUUAGUCCGUUCAAGUCCUAAACAAAAGUAUAUCAAAGAGCUAUAUUGGGGGAGACUGCCUGUGGGAUGUUGCAAAAUUAACAUUAAUGGGUGCUCGGUAGGCAAGCCAGGUUAUGCAGGAGCUGGGGGAAUUUUUUGUAAUCAUAAUGGAUAUCCAAUUCGCUAUUUGUCCUCCUUUGAAGGUAUCUCCUCCAACUUUGGAGCUGAGUUUUCUGGUUUCUUUGAACCGAUCAACAUAGCCAAGGUCUUAGAUCUAACUUGGUUAGAAGUGGAGUGUGAUUCGAAAGCAGUGGUGUGGUGCAUUGUGCAGGAAUCUAUCCCAUGGAAUUUUAGAUAG